AUGUCGUCGCCAUUUCGCAUCGUCAAUCAUGUCGUGGAAUGCCAGCAUAUCCGUGAAUACCCUGGAGCCACUGCGAAUGAACAGGAAGAGCCCUUGAAACUGGCUGUGAAACAAUACAUUCCGCUCAACAACCCCAGUCCACAGCCCGGCGACGUGACAAUUCUCGCUGCACACGCUAAUGGAUUCCCUAAAGUAUGUUCUUCGGAGUUUGAGACCAACCCGUUCGAUCGCAUACACCCUGUUGUCACCGUGUCGUUCAUCAUUAAUUUUUGGAACAGGAACUAUACGAACCUCUUUGGAGGGAAAUCAAUGCUCGGUCCCAAGAAGCUGGAUUCCGCAUUCGAAGCAUCUGGAUGGCCGACGUCGCCUGGGAAGGAGAAAGCGGCGUGA